AUGCUUCGUUCCAUCAGUCUUCUUCCUUCAUGCAACAUCAUUCUUCCUAUACAAACAACAACACGUAAUUUUGCAAAGAAAAGCGUGUCUCCAUUGCAAUCCGUUCUACGUCCGAUUCAUUUCGAGCAUGAGAAAGAUGAUACUGCUGAUCGACCAUUUCGUAUCAUAGGUGUACGAGAUGUAGAAGUAUUGGACUGGGAAUAUCCAACACGUCUCGAGACGGACGAGAAGAAUAAAAAUCGCGUGCUACGGAAUCGUUUUGGCUCUUCUAACUUUAUUAGUCUCUGGAUUGAUAAAUUGGACGAAGUGGAGAGCUAUUUGAAGCAACAGAAAGUACCUUAUGCUAGUGAAGGCAUUGUAAAAGGUCCUGAUGGUCAUGAUGUCUUGGUAAUCCCUCCCAGCGACGAUGGUAGCAGCAUUGAGUUUUUCAACUUGUGUGACAACCCCACGAUGGUAGAGCUUGUGCAGGCGACGCCAGAAAUCAUUAAGGAAUAUGUAGAAGACAAUGAAGAGAUAGAAGGAGACGAAGAUCUGGAGAUCGAACGCAAUGAGAAGGUUUCAUCACUUAAGGCAUGA